AUGGGCAAGGCCUGCUGUCGCAUCUUCGAGGAAUGUCGGUCAAAGAAAUCACUGCCCAGUGUCACCAGUGUCGAGGAAGUCCAAUGGCGGACGAACUGCAAAAAACGCUUGGCAAAGGCCUUGAAGGACGCUGCAAAGGGCAAGACCUCCAAGGCCUCCCGACCUCCACCUCUUCGCAUUCCCCGGAAAGGCAAAGGCAGUGGCAAAGGCGGUCGUGGCCGUGGCCGCGCCCGACGCUUGCCGGUGCCUGCUGUGCCGCCCCAGGUGCCGGACCAGGCCGAUGACGAAGACCUGCCGUUGUGUCAGCUGGUGGAGCGGGAUCCGUUCAGAACACCCGAGCGACCAGCGAGAGGUAGUUGGAGUUCACCCAAGGCUUCACCAGGCACAGGCUCCUCGCUGCAGGAAAGCUCACCAGUACCAUUGCAGAGUACAUGGCCCUUGGCGUUGCAAAGUACAUCGCCAUUGGCAUCGCAGAGAAUUUCGCCAUUGCCAUUGCAGGCUUCACCGUUGUCAUUGCAAAGUACUCCGGGAAAGGAAAACUCGCCAUUGGCAUUACAGAGUACUUCCCCAUUUGCAACACAGACCUCCCCAUUGGCACUACCUGGCAGUCCUGAGAACAAGACUCCGUCACCGAUGGCGAAGUUUGAAUUUCAAGGCGGUGCGCCACCAGCGCGGAAGCUCCGCCGUUCCACCUCUGCGCCGGAACCCACGGAGGCGCAGCCCAAAGCCAAGCGACGGCUGGUGCAGACGCGUCGCCUGGUGCUGGUGUUGGAAGGGAAACACAUGGGGACGUCAAGUAACAUGGGAUAA